GCCACCUGGUCCGAACACUGUGUACUGCUGCCAUUGCUACACGCAACCUCGUGGAGACACGGGUAAGCCACCAGAACCAACACAUAUGACAUUCAACUUUUUAUUUUUUUCUGAAACAUAUGUUUAUGUUUGUCUUUUAACUCGCCAAUAUAAGCUAAUGUAGAGCCAAUUUGACAAGUUUAGAAUGUAAAUAGUUCACACAAUAUGGUUUUGCUUUGCCAAACUAAAAAUGUCAUUUCAUGUUGCAACUUACCCCAAGAUAUAUUAAUAUUAAUAUCUUUGUUUUUUAGAAUCUAGGUUGUGUUCCAGUGGGUUCGACAACAUUUUUACUUUACAGCCACACAAUAUGAACCAGCCUGUACUGCUAGGUCUGCAUUAGGAAUAGAACAAAAGGACAAAGCGUGAACAGUGUUGAGUGGACAAGGGCUUUAGAAUGGACCCAGGACUGGUUUAACUGCACAUGCCAAACAGGCGUGUGGUGGUACUUUUCAAGGAUUUUUACGUGCAACAAGCCUUCAUGUCAAAGAGGAAACUCCAGAUUGCUCCAGCAAAAGAAAGUGUCUGAUCAACUAUCUGACAAACAACACAUAAAGUUUUUUUUAAAGGAGGAUGUACAGGGUGACAAUUACAAUAAGAAUAGUUGGUUUCUUCAGUAUACUAGAAAAAGUAAUGUCUCAAAUGUCCAAAAUGUCCAAUAUUAUAUGACUGUAGACAAUGACAUGAUAUGGAAGACACAAAACAGCUCCUACAGGACUAAUAUUGAUCAAAAAUGUGCAAUAUGUAACCUGGAAAUUUAAGAUAGAGCUUUGUUUAUCUACUAGAAGUUCAGUGUUCUUUUCUCAGUAUAACUAUUAUGUGGUUAAUUUUCCAAUAACACAACUUCAAGGAAUAUGCAGUUUAGUAACACCACACAACAAAGCAAACACAUGCUGGAACAUGAGUAAAUAACAUUUCUUUGGGCUACACUGGACUAAAAUUGAGCAACUUUCUGCAGUUAGCAAACAGCUAAUAGUAGCUACAGCGUAAUAAUGUGUUUGUUUUAGCUUAUGUGUUGAAUUAAAAACGAUCGGAAAGUAUUUCGUAGUGAAGACAGCCCAGGGUCACGGUACUUAAAUAAUUAUAACAAUCAUAAAUUAUAUAGUCGGUGAGAGGAGCUCAAAGUUUUACCUCCUUCAUCCAAAGUCUGCGGAUAGCGGUACAACUGUAUGGCGAGCGGAGAGGACCAAAAUACAUACGCGCGAAUCAUAAUUAGUCACGCAGUAAAAAUAAAAAAAUACAAAUAUAUUUUUGUUUUACACGUGUUUUAGGGCAAUUCGUGACACAUGUGUUUUACUUAAUAUACAAUUUAUGAUGAAAGCCGGUUACGUCUAAUAUUUCAAGCCCUGUACAAGGCGGAGUGGGCAAAGGUACACAACACGUGGACGAUUGAAACAUGCAAAUAUGAGGAAGAUAUGAGCAUGUACUGUACAGUGAAUAAACACUGUACUGUGCUUAUCCAUCACAGACCUGAUAAUCUAUGACCAAUCUAUAUCUCACGGUCUUUUACAGCACACGUGCACAUUAAGCUAUAAGAGCGUGUGAAAUGUGGUUUACAAUUUAUGGCAGACAUAUUUUGAACAAAACAGCUUAGUGGGCACUGUGGGCUACCUGAGAACAACACUGCCUAAACUGCUAACACAUGCUUCAUUCACCGGGGUCCCCCGAGAGAAAUGAAGGCAACACAAUUACAGCAGAGACGUGUCUGUCUGAUUGGAUCACUGAACCAGUCUGCUGCGUCCUGAUUGGCUCUUAUCGACUCGUGCUCUGCCCGCAGCCCCCACACUGCGCGUGCGUUACACCUUUAUUUAUGUAAAGUUACCCGGAUUCUACCACAGAGUGAGCGGAAACCACAACUUUCUCCCUUAACAAUUAAAGGGCUCCGAAACUAUGUUUAAAAGAGCAACAUGGACUUUAUGUACCAACCCCAUGAGCAAAUAUACUUUUGUAGGCGUUGUUUCUAUGUUUUGUUUGCCAGCGUUUGUUUACUCUCCAAUAUCACACAAUACAAUUCCACUUGGCAUAAGGCAAAAUUUCCCAAAAUGUUUGAGUAGGUCAAUCUCACCCUCAACCAUAAAUGCAGUCAGUUGAGCAGCUUAUUGUCUGAAGUUUCUUGACAAAAAAUACAUUAAAUCACAGGCUAUGGUAAUAAUAGACUAAUAUCACAUAAUAAGCGCAUUCUCAAUAUUUUGUAAUGUCAUGUCAUCAUUUUCACUGGAAGCAGCUGCCAGCCCAACAUCCUGUACAGGCGAUAACAAUUUUGUAAAGAAAUAAUGAAAUACAGUACAGUACAGUGGUGGCAUUGAAUGUUUCUUGACAGUAAAUUAAUACUUUUCCCUUACUGUUCUGUGGUUACAUAUGUUAAACAUUUGGCCAGUUUUAUAUGAUUAUGUCCAGUAAUUACAGAAAUAUUUAACAUAGCCUACAGGUUAGUGUACCUUUUCUGGUGGAGGGUUACUUUGCCCCAUGGUUUGCCCCUGCUUAUCUAUCUCCAUGAAGACAAGUAGAAACUAUACCAAGUUACAGGUCAGACAUCUCUAAUAAAAGGGAUGUAAAGUUUAAUGCCAUCUGUGGGAUCAAGGAAUAUUUACAAGGAGACAAGCAGGUUGCUGACCCUCCUCCAGAAUGGGCGAGUGCACCUUUCAAAUACAACCACAUAAUGCUCUCCUUGUCUCUAGAUCAAUAUUGGGCAGUUCUGAAUGAUAUUAAUAUUUUCGUUUUCAUAACAUUAAAUCAUGUAGACAUACUGCCUCCUCGGUACUCCUUCCCAAUAUUUCUCCACGUGUUUGUUUGUAGUUUGUGUUGUAGUUUGCUUUAUUGUGAAAAGCCGCGCCGGAAGCAGUCCUCGUGGUGUCGGGGAUGUGACCGCCGGUGAGGCUUUGAAAGUCUUGAGUGUGACUUGAGUCCAGGAGAACCAUGUCCGCCGUCAUAGGCAAACUGUACUCACCUCUGCUCUUGUUCCAAACUAAUUCUCCAUGAAAUAACAGUAACGCAGGGCCUCGAGGAUGGCCGGCUCGGGUGCUGUCCAGGUGAAACUAGAACUUGGUCAUCGAGCCCAGGUCCGGAAGAAACCCACUGUGGAAGGCUUCACCCACGACUGGAUGGUGUUUGUGCGCGGUCCGGGGCACAGCAACAUCCAGCACUUUGUGGAGAAAGUGGUUUUUCACCUUCACGAAAGUUUCCCCAAACCAAAAAGAGUUUGCAAGGACCCACCUUACAAAGUGGAGGAGUCAGGAUACGCUGGCUUUAUCCUGCCCAUCGAAGUUUACUUUAAAAACAAGGAAGAACCCAAGAAAGUGCGCUUUGACUACGACCUAUUCCUGCACCUGGAGGGCCACCCGCCUGUGAACCACCUGCGCUGCGAGAAGCUCACCUUCAACAACCCCACAGAGGAGUUCCGCCGCAAGCUGCUCAAGGCCGGAGGGCAGCGGGAUCCUCACAAGAGAAGUUCAGAGGAUUCAAAAGUGAUGGUGAUGCAGGAAGGCUCUACGUCCUUGUUCGGACAGCACCUCAAGCUGCCCACUCUCCCCAACAGCUCCCUGACCUCCUCUUCCUUCACCUCCGACCCCAAGAAGAGCAAAAGCUUCCACCCGUCAAAGGAUGGAUCCAAAGGAAGCAGUGCGCUCCUUACUACAGCCACGACCACCAGCACUAACAGCAGCAGCUUCUCCAAAAUCCAUAAGCCCUCCAAGGACCACAAAGACAAGCCUCCCAAAGACUUGAAAGAGUCCAAAAGUGCCUUCAGAGACUCGGGCCCCAAAGAACCUGCCAGAAAACCCAAAGAGAACCAGCCGCUUAGGGACGGAAACCCUAAGAUGGGCUUCAAGGAACCCAAAUCUAUAUCCAAGGACCACCGGACUGAAGGCACGCACGGGACAGGGCCCAACAAGCGCCACUCAGGCCAUGACGCUGACGAUCACAUCACCAAAAAACACAAAAAGGGAUUUGUGGACUCCUCGGGGAAGCAGUCCUCAGACACUCAACAUUUAGACAAGAAACUUUUAAAGGAGCGCUCACAUAUACGAGCAAGUAAAACGCGACCAGAGCUGGAGGAGGCCGAGCGCCGGAAAGGAUCGACUCUGCCUCCAUUUCAGGAACUAGUCGACCCUAACGAUUCAGACAUGGACGACCACUCAGCCAAGUCUGAUUCGGAGCAGCCCAGCCCUGCCAGCUCCAGCUCCAGUUCAGGCUUCGCUCCAACACACCACAAGCGACAAGUGCUGGGCCCUCUGCAGUCCGUCAUGCAGGACCUUCACUCAGAUGAGGAUGAAGAAUCUGAGGAGGAUGAAGACCAGGACCUGGACUCGGACCUGGAUCGACCAGCGCACACCCACCACCACCAUCAUCAUCAUCAUCUCCACCACUCACACCAUCACCAGCGCAGGGUCAGUCUGAGUGAUGGCAGCGAGAGUGACAGUUCCUCCCCCUCGCCACCCUCGCGCCACGAAGCCCCGCCCCUUCUCAAGACUACUACUAACCAGAUCCUGGAGGUGAAAAGCCCCAACAAACAGAGCAGGCAGGACAAGAGCAAAAGCCUGGAGUGUGACAAGGCUUACCUGGACGAGCUGGUGGAGCUCCACAAGCGACUCAUGACACUGAGAGAAGGCCACAUUCUCCAACAGAUAGUGAACCUGAUAGAGGAGACGGGACACUUUCAUAUCACAAACACUACAUUUGACUUUGACCUGUGCUCCCUGGACCGUAGCACGGUGCGGAAGCUGCAGAGCUACCUGGACACAUCAGGACUGUCCUGAGGGCCUGGGGUCCUGAGGGCCUGGGGUCCUGGGGUCCUGGGGUCCUGAGGGCCUGGGGUCCUGAGGGCCUGGGGUCCUGAGGGCCUGGGGUCCUGAGGGCCUGGGGUCCUGGGGUCUUGAGGGCCUAAGGUCCUGAGGGCCUAGGGGCCUGGGGUCCUGAUGCAGAGCAGCUGGCUGCCCCUGUCUCCACACACACACGACAUUCUGGAACCAUUGGGGACAUACUGCCCCCUGUGGCCAUGGACCGGACCCUCUGAGGAGGGUCCACUCCAGAAGCAGGGCCUGUGUAGAACAGCCCUGUGGAUCAGGAGAUCACCUGGAAAGCCUUGAACUCUUUACUUGACAAACCAGGGGCCUAUGCUCCCCAUGAAUGUGCAUAUUGUUACCAUGUUUUUGCUUUGUGUUCUUUGUGACGGAUGCAUGGUCAACAUCGCUUUACAACAUUGUGGGUCUUAUUUAUUGAAUUUAAUUUGCAGCUGUGUGUGUUUGAAAUGGCAAAAGGAAAAAUUGCAAAUGAGACAUUGUCUAAGCACUUGGGGCUCGUCUUAAAAAGUGAUGUUUUUUUUUGUAGAAAAAAUCCAUCACAUGACCUCUAUACUCCACUAAUCUGUCCAGUAGGAACCAACCACACACUACACAGCAGCACUACACAAAACCCCAAAUAAGAGUCGAAUUGAUGAUAAAUUAUUGUUUUGUUCCUAAAUAUGCAAUUUAAGUUUGGAACAAAUUUGAAGCACCUUGUUAAUUCACUGAUGUCUAGUUUUGCAAAUAUAAAAAUAAUGACUAAUGGUCACAAACAACACAAAAUGUAUUGUCAGUUCUACAAAGAUAAUCUGAUUUAUAUGCAAUAGAUUGAUGUAAAAUACAUACCUGUAUAUGUCUCGAAACCAUAGAAUUUUCAGUCACACAAUUUAAAACAUCUUGCAUACUUAUGCUAAAUUUAGAAAUCUAGAUUUAAAAAACUUUGCCACAAUUAAAAUCUAAAUUUUGUUCUUGUUGAGCAAUUUUGUUUUCAUUUUAAAAUUAAUGCCUCAAUUUCCAUCACCUGAACAAAAAUGAUAAUGCAUUUCAUACACUACCACAAGCUCUGUUUGCUUCAGAAGAAACAGAUGAUGGAAUACUGAAUUCACCAGCAGCUUUAUCUGUUCAAUCAAACCUUGUCCUUGUUUAGGACUUCACAAAUGUUUUACUUUACAACAAAAACAUUUGUUACUGUUCCGUUACAAAAGAAAAAAAACACUGUUAUUUAUUUUCAGCCAUUACAAAAGUGUUCGUUUCUGAAUAUGGGUUCAUUUGGGACAGAGGUUCAGUCCCUCGUGUGUGUCUCAUUUCUUGUGUAUUUAGAGGCCAAACAAUAAAUAUUCUGUAUGAUGU